UAGUGAGGACAGUGGGAGGAUUUAACAGUCAUCAAAUAGAGACGCUUUUACGCAUUGUACAGUUCAAUGUCUCGGUUUGAGUCUGAGGAAGACAGGGUAGCCAAGAAGAGGCACUAUAGGGCAGUCUAUUGUGAUUAUCUAUCUUCAGUUAUCACUCAGUUACAUAUUUGGAACACACAGUUAAACUCAUAGGCUACUGUACUUGGCUCCAUUGAUCAAUAAAGACAAAGAACAUCUAAUUAUUUAUAUUUCGGCUUCUGGAAAACGGCAGAAGAGUAUCGGAGUUGUGUGGGUCAGUUCCAAAUAGCCUACAUUUAGACAAGAGGACACUAGCUACUCUUUGAUACUCCGACCCAAAUAAAGUGCCAAAUAAAGCGCAGCCCAGCGAAUGGACCAUCAUCAACCCGACACACGUAGCUUCAUUCCCCGUGCGGCUCCAGUCUGCGCGUCGGUACCUACUGAACCAUUCAUGCGCUUGUCCAUCAGCUCGACCACAGGCAGCCGCUUCGAGCUCUCUGUCCAUCGGGGAGAGACGGUGGAGGUGCUGAGGAGACGACUUUCCCAAAAGCUCAGAGUACCGAAAGAAAGAUUCGUCUUGCUGCAUAAGGAAACAAGGUUGAGUACAGGGAAACUCCAUGACCUGGGCAUAGUUGAUGGGAGUAAGCUGACACUGGUCCCAACUAUUGAAUCAGGCUUGUUAUCAUCCCAACCAUCCAGAAGAGAGCAGACCAUCAUGCAGGCUUUGGAGAGUUUAACUGAAACUCAGGUCAGUGACUUCCUGUCUGGCCGUUCACCCCUGACCCUUGCCCUCAGGGUCGGUGAUCACAUGAUGUUUGUCCAGCUGCAACUGGCCCCCCAGAGUGCCGCUGGGCAGCAGCAGAGUCACCUCAUCACCCAGCGAGCAGGCAGAGCUGGGGUUGAACAGGUGCAUGCUGCGAAGUGUGGGUCCACUAGGUUCCCUUACCCCAGCCCAGCCCACCUCUCCUCCAACACCCCAGCCUCCCCUGCCCCUCUCUCCCCUCAUACCCCCUCCUCAACCUCUCACAUCACCUACCUCUCUCCAUCACCUAGUGCCCCCCUCCGCUCCACCAACCCCACCUGCUCCAGCCCUGGACCCCAGAGCCCAACCCCUGCCACCACCUACCCAGAGGGUGACUGCAGUGUGGCUGGUACUCCCACCUCUAAUAAAACAGCUGCCGGGGAACCAGGUGCUGUCAUAGAGAGCUUUGUGAGCCAUGCACCAGGAGUCUUCUCAGGGACCUUUUCAGGCACUCUGCCCCCAGCUGGGCAGGACAGCACCAGUACCGGUGUCAGGUCAUCCAGACGAGGCAUCAACACCAUCGUCCAGAUCCUCAACGACCUUCUCAGUGCCACUCGCCACUACCAGGGGGCUCCACUGUCCCUCUCCCAGCUCCUCUGCCGCCCUCCCAGCACCCCAACCAGCAGCACUCCGAGUACCCCAACCUCGCCCUUCCUGCCGCCCUCACCUCUCACCCCUGACCUUGUCAGCACUGCUACCUCAGGACCACUUACAGACCACAUCAGCCAGGAACAAAGUCACUCAUGUAAACCUACUGACCUGUGUUCCAGUCAAUCUGAGGAAGAGAACCAGUCGUUGCGUUGUAAACUGGAGCGCCUUCAGAUGUUGAUGCACCAGAGACGCCUGCGCAGGCGGGCUCGCAGGGGCACACGCACCUCACACCCCUACCCUCCUCACCACCGUCAACCCUGGUCGCCCGGCCGAGACAACGCCAGCCGCCAUAGCAACGGCAGCCUGUCCAGCAGCGAGGGCUCUUCCCUGGACGACCUGGAGUUGCAAUGGAAACCGGAGCUACCCUCCGAUCUUGUGAUGGCAUAAAGAGAGAGCAUUAGAUUAAAAUAAGUUUGGACCUGUCAUUGGCUGUCCUUUGAAUGGCUGAGUAGGAGAAAUAAGUUGCCCAUUUUGGGACUCACUUGGUCACACUGCACAAGGACUCUUCAAAAAGACAACUGUCCUUUCUUGAAACUGGACAUUCAAACAGAACUUAAAUAGUAUAUUGUAUAUAAUUUAGGUAAAUAGUUUACCUAGUUUAUACUCCCUUGACUGAGCUUUCUGCAGAUCAUAUGACACUUCAGUCAUGUGUCUUUUUCCAGAGUCUGUCGGAACCAGACUGUUUUCAGAGGGUCUUAGCUUUGUCUACUAAUAAUCAUCACUGUACCUACCAUUUUAAACUUGACUCAUCUUCAGUUGCUGUCGUCCGUAUUGUCAGAACAAUGUAGCAUUAUGGAGGUUGUCAAAUAGAUAUGUUUCUGCACAUUUGUUUUGACAGCUUUUUUGCAAGGUUUUGCGGAAUUAUACUUUCGUCUUUGUAUACAGUAUGUUCUGAUGCAUUAAGCAGCAUGCAGGUAAAGGAUAAAAAGUUCUGAUUUGGCCUUCGUAGAUAAGUAGACUGUUUCAAAGCUUGAAGCAAUACUUGUUUCCUGCUAUGCAGACUUUUCUAGGAAAUAUUUCUUAAGUCAGUAAUAUGCCUCUUUUUCCCCCGUUACUUACACUCCUAACAUCCAUUUGACAAUACUCCAACCCUAGACCUCAAUGCCUGUAUUUAGUGCUGGGUGGGUUCAGUUCAAUUAAACAUUUGCUACGUUG